UCUGCGUGCAGGAUACGUUCCUCCGUACCAGAAAAGUAACGUGGCAGCCAAAUAUAAGCAACAGUGUUCGACAGCAGUGUUAUUUUCAAUGUAUUUGGUAAUCCUUGAAUACAUACCUGCACUGUAUUGCUGGGACAACCCCGUUAUACUAGGUAGCUUGCAUAGGUAGGGGAAUGGAAAGCAGGGUGCGCUCUUGCAGCCUCGUGACGGCCAAUUGUGCUUCUGUCUGACUGCUAAAAUUUAUGUGUUGCCGACCUAAUCGACGGCGCCGACACCCUAAUGGGCAGUUUUAGCUUUUCCAGCGGCUCUGGUCCUCAGCUGCUCUCUAGGACGGAUGUACCGCGACUGAUGGUACAUGGAGGCUAUCGCUCGUUGCUUGUAACGAAGGCCGGUGCUUCACGACGGCUCAGCUGUCAGUCGCUCGCCCAGCCAGCCGUUGCUGAGCUGGUGGCUGGCAGUGGCGCUGCAGUAGCAAAGACUGGUAUGCGAAAGGCUCUGAUUGAACAUAAUCAGUCAUCACGGACUCAGGCAGCAAGCCAGGCCGGAAGCGGCAAGAGCUGCAAUCGCAGUAGCAAUGCAACAGCCCCCCAAACGUCAGUCAGAUGCAGCUCCGUCAUCUAUAGGAUGGAGCUUUCAGGUAGCAAGGAUCAAGGCCAUCAGCCUGCAGAGGCCACGCAACUAAAGCCGUUGCCUGGGCCUCCGGAGCCGCCAGCGCGCCGGGGGGUGAAUGGCCGGCCCUGGACGCGUCUGCACGCCAGGGUGCAUCAGGCGCUUAGGGCGCAACGCCUGCUGGACACAGACUCGGUAUUGGUGGCUGUGUCGGGGGGACAGGACUCCAUGUGCCUCCUACAGCUGCUGGCGGACCUGCAGCCGCUGUUCCGCUGGCGGCUGGGUGUCGUACACUGCGACCACGGCUGGCGACCGGACUCCGCCGCCAACGCCGAGUUUGUACGGCAGUUUGCGGAGGAGCAGUUGCAGCUGCCGUGCUACGUUCGCGUGGCGGCCCCCGGCAGCGUCCACAGCGAGGGUCGGGCGCGUAAGUGGCGCUACGGAGUGUUUGCUGAGGUUGCCGCGGCGCAUGGGUACAGCACGGUUGUGACAGCCCACACGGCAACAGACAGGGCUGAGACCCUGAUGCUCAACUUGCUGCGGGGCGCGGGGCCGGACGGGCUGGUUGCGCUGGCCAGGGAGCGGGUGCUGACGGCGGAGGGCGGGGAGGCAGCGCCGGAGCGCCACCAUGACGGCUUGUCACAUGGCCGCAGCGGCUCCAGCAAAAGCAGGGAAAGCGAUGUCACUGGGAGUGAUGUCGCUGGAAGUGGAGGGGGCGUUAGUGAUGAUGGGUCCUGUGGGAAUGGGGCCGGGUACUUCUCUGGCGUGCAGGGCCCUGAGGAUGGGCUGAGCUUGAAGAGUGGCAGCUUUCAGGGUGGCAGAAGCGAGCUGGGGACGGGUGGCAGCUGCACCAGCACCAGCGACGGCGAUGACAGCAAUGACUGCGGGGAUCUGGGGCCAGAUCCAGGCCGACGAGGCGAGCGCAUCAGUUCCAGUACUAGCAACUGCGGCGUUGCCACCAACGGCGGCGUCAGCAACAGCCAUGGCAAGAACAGCAGCAGCAACAACAGCACGUCUGCAUGUACACAGCCCACGCGCCUGGUACGCCCCUUGCUGGAAUUCACUCGUGAUGACAUCCAGACAUUUGUCCAGCAGCUACAGCUGCCGUACUACCACGACACCACCAACGACUGCAACGACCUGCGCCGCAACCUCCUGCGCAACGAGGUGAUGCCGCUGCUGCGGCUGCGUUUCAACCGCCGGCUGGACCAGGCGCUCUUCCGCUUCAUGGAGGUACUUCAAGCAGAAACCGAGUACAUGGAGGAAGUGACGGACGGAUUGUACGGCAGCAUUGCCGUACGUGCAAGCGCCAGCGUGGACAGCGAGGUGGGCUGUGUGAGCGCACGUGGGGACGUGGGUAGUAGUGUUGCUGGUGAAGACGAGGUGUUGCUGCUGGGGGAGCUGCGGCGGCUCCCGGUGGCACUGCAGCGGAGGGUGGUGCAUAAGUGGCUGCGAGCUGCUGUGGCUAGGUAUAGAGGUGGAUAUGGAGGGGGAGCCGGUAACGAUGGGGAGGAGGAAGCCGCCGCCAGCGGUGCUGCUCCAGACAUUGGCAGUCUGGGCCGUGGUUCGGAGGUGGGAUAUGAGGACGUGUCUCGCUGCCUCGCGCUGCUGCAUGCGCCCAACCGGAGCAACAGCGACGCGCUGUGUGGGGGCUUGGUGGCGUCUGUGCGGGAGGGGCGGCUGCGUGUGCGGACUGCGCAGGAGUGGGUUGCAGAGGAAGAGCGGGAGUUGCAGCGGCGGCAGCAACAACAGCGGGGCAACAGCAGUCGGCUGGCUUGCAUACGCUGCCCGGUUGCUCAUGCUGGUUGACAGUGCUUGGUGUGCUGAUACAUCAUAGAGUUCAUAGGUUGUUGUCAACAGUGUUUUGAGGUGUUCGCCGUGGCAGUUGGUUGGAGACUGUACCGUUGGCUAACGCCAUCGUCGUCCUUACUGCCCCGUACCUCGCUGACAGGGAAGCUGCAGUCUGAUUACGACGCCAGCUGCCGUACGCGUGCUUUGACAAUGGGGUUGGACACCACAGGUCUGCAGGAUGCCGCUCGGCUGUGGCUCGGAAAGGCUUCGCAGGGCAGCGAGCGUUUGCGGGAAGGCCUGGCUGGAGGCCGGACCCUUUUGCGUUGCGGGCAUAGCUAGCAGCAAGGACUGGCCGCCCAUGGCUGCCGUGCUGUGCGGUCAAGAGGCUCCCGCACAGAAUAGGACCAGGAGCCAGGUCCUACUAGCACCCGAACCUCGCUCCUGAGCUGAAGCACUGCUUUAGGCUGUAACGAGGGGAAACGGG